AUGGUGAAGUAUACUCACGAGGCGAAGUAUGGAGAAAGAGCGGAACUAGACUGUCCCAUUGACGGUGUUCCAGAACCAGUGUAUAGAUGGCUCAAAAAUGGUCUUGAAUAUGUUGGUUACGGUAGUCUGACAAACAAAAUUGAAUUCCCCCGAAUUAUUAUUGAAGAUAAGGCACUCUAUACAUGCGUUGCAAAAAAUCGCGCUGGUUCACAGGAGUUUACUACUCGACUUGAGCUCGUGGACGAGCCGGCUUACGUUCGCUCGUCGAGACACUGGUGGAUGCUCGGUACUGCAACUGUUCUUAUCAUGAUACUGCUUUGCGUGGCAAUCGUUGUACUUGCAAAACAGCGUCGCAAAGGUAAGCGACAAGCAGAGCAGCUAAGAGCGCUCUACAACCAGCUGAUGCGCCAGUCGAGCAGGGAAUAUCUUGUGGAGCCAACGGAUCCAAAGCAUCCACUGCAUGAACGUAUUGAACAACUCCCAUAUGAUCGCAAAUAUGAAAUUAAUAAGGAAAAGCUCGCCCUUAAACAGGUGCUCGGCGGAGGUCAAUUUGGAAAAGUUUUUUUGGGUGAGCUCAGCAAAUCCCGUGUGAGCGACUCGCUAGCUGCCACUGAUGUACUUAAAGUGGCAGUGAAAGAACCACGUGAGGGUCGCAAUGUUAACCAUCAGAAAGCACUGACUGAUGAGCUUAAAGUUAUGGUCGCGAUCGGAAUUCAUCCGAACGUUCUUUGCCUGAUUGGUGCUGUCACUAAACAGAUGUCAAGUGGCCAGCUGUAUGUGAUCAUGGAAUACUGUGAAAAUGGCAAUUUAAAAGAUUUCCUGUCAAGGCACAGGACAGGCUUUCUGGAUGAAGUUGAAAUGGCGGCGGAGCCUCUGAGUCCUGAUGGCUAUCUGGCCCCGACUCGAGAUGCC